UGAUCCUCGAUUUUGAACGCUGUCGGUUUGAAUGUCGUUCAUGCACUGGUCGUUCGAAUGUCCUGUUCCAUUUGGCGUUUCGUUCGGCAGAUACAAGGACUGGUGGGAGCGAUUCGGUCGUUGCGAGAGCCCGAAGUUUGGAUUCGAAACUAUCAAGUUUCAUAUGAUGUCGUACCCCUUAGGUGUCGCUGAAUCGGAACGCCUACGUCCACGUCUCCUCGCGAAUCUCAAACGGUUUCCCCGAAUGCUGCAAGAUUUCACUGUUCCUUGGGACGAUGCCAAAUUUCCCAAAUUGAAACCUCGCAAAGACGGCCAAUGGGUUUUCUAUAUGGGUGGGAGGUUGUGGUAUGUCUAGUCAAACGUCGUGCGAACGCUUCCACCCGCUCGGCUAUCCCUUCACAGACGUUUUCUCCGUAAAAAUUAGACUCGCAUAUUUAUAACACUAGACGUAUACUAGGGCGUCACGUCAUAAGGCUCGUGUUCACUCCGUUUGGAAUUCUAUGGGUUCGCGUUGGCCUAUGUUUGUAUGUUUGCAAUUUUGCGUUGAUUCCACUCUUCGACUUGGCAACAUUUCUG